ACGUUGGAACGUAAAAUUGUAAAUUUUUAGCCCAAAUAUAGCUACGAAAUAGCUGUAAUUUCCGUCUUGAUGCAUCGGUUGCAUGUAAGAUGCAGACGGACGUAUCUAAAGACAAACACGUGAAGAAGAAAAAAGGAAGAACAUGGACCGAAGCAGCAAAACUAGUUUUGGAGCGUUACCCCCAGACUCCUAUGAGUCACAAGGAAAUACUGAAGGUGAUACAAGCAGACAACCUCAAAGAAAUCAGUGGCAAUGCACCCUCAGCCAGCCUGAACUCAUGUCUACACGUGUACUCGCGAGGGAAGGACAGCAUUUUCUACAAGGUGGCAGGUCGCCUAGGAGUAUAUGGGCUCAUGUCUGACAGGCCUGAGGGCUCCUCUCUGCUUGAGAUGGAUGAUGAUCAGACAGACAUAGCAGAGGAGGAUGCAGAGGCUCUGGAUGGCAAUCCCACCGGCCGCGAGAAACCCAUGAGGGAACGCAAGAAGGAAAAAGUCAUGUGUGUUAAGUUGCCGGAUCAUGCCCAGACAAUCCCCCCAGCUGAGGGUCAGGUAGGGGAAUCUGUUGCCCAGCAGAAUGGUGAAUGUCCUGAACGCCGAAACAGCCUCAGCAGCGGUCAGCCAUCGACAGUCAUGGUCAAUCACCAACCUCAAGCUAGUGGAGCGCCAGCAGAAAUGCAGGCCAGACGAUCAGUGCGCCAGUCCCAGAGACAAAAACGCCGUAAGAAUUCAUUCCCAGGGAUAAGUGUCGUGUCGUUGCAUCGGUCAGAGGGUAAUGUGGCAGAGCAGAAUGACGGUCAGCAAUCUGGUGUGAGUGGUACAUCCUCGUCUAGUAUUAGUCAGCCAGAGAAGAAAAAGGAAGAAAAAAACCAUCAGGCUCCAGUGCUACAGCCUAGCCUCAGUAAACAGCCUGCGCCUACGCUGAAGGAAAGGCUCACGUUUAUACCAUUCUCAAGAGGAAAGCCAAGGAAAAGGACUCACAGAAAGCUGAGUGCUGCAGCUCAGAUUGAACAAACCAAAGAGGGCUGUAUUGACCUGGAAACUCCAGACUCCAUUCUGGUCAACACAAACUUAAGGGAGCUAAUUAACAAGCAGACGUUUGCAGAUUUACCGGCUUAUUAUCAGUACAAGUUACUCCAGCUCCUGCCAGAGUGUGACAGACUGGUGGGGAGUGAUGGCUCUUCAAGACUGAGCUCCACGGCUCUAAAUAACGAGUUCUUUGCCAAAGCAUGUGAGGAAUGGAGGGAGAGGUUAUCAGAAGGUGAAUUUACACCAGAAAAUCAACAGAGGUUAAACCAGGAAGAGGAGAAAGAACAGAAUAAGCUGGACCCUUGGAAGACAAAGCAUUUUGAGCCCGCAUGGGGGAAAAGAACCCCAUAUGAUGUCCCUAAGGCCACAUCCCCGAUACACCAGGCUCGACCCAUGUCACCCCUACAGCCUACUGUGUCACCCCUUAAGGUGAAGCCUCAGGUGAAGCGGCCAAAGCUUGUCUCCACUAUGCUGAAGCAGAGGUCUAUAUCCCAGAAUGUAGCAGCCUCCACGGCUAACCAUGCCACAGUCCCCAAGGCCUCCAGUAUCCAAGCACUUCUGAAUACACCAAAGGCGAACGCGCAAGGAAGUCUCACCACAGGGAGAGAGCGUAUGCUUCAGGAGAGUGUGUCUACAACAAAACGUCCAUUGUCUGUGCCAACAGCCGACACAGGAAGAAUUACUCAGGAAAGAUUAAGUCCACCCAAGCGCUCUCGUGUGGUGACCUCGGGAAGUCAGGGUAGACAAUCGCAAGCCAAGACCCUAGCGCAGAUCAAGGCCCAGACGCAGGCGGCGCGAGUGCACAAGCCGCCGAGCAAUGCGUCCCGAGCUGUGUGUGUGACAGUUUACCCUGGCACUAGUGUGCAGCAGUCCAGUGUACAGACCUCAUUAGCCGGUGCUCUGGCCACCUCAGCCUCCCCUCCUCCCCAGGGCACUGCCUCCCCCACCCAACCUGCUUCCCCACAAGCUCAGGGACAAACCAGAACGCUGGCUCAGAUUCGAGCACAAACUAAAGCUGCCAGAGCUCUCCACGGCCAGACGCGCACACGGACGCUGGCACAGAUAAAGGCUCAGACUAAGGCAAAAGUGCAGGCUCGAAGUCCGCAGAAUGUCCCAGGCAGUAACGGAAAACACCAGCCAAAUAUCAUGGGUGCCAGCCGCCCCAAGCAGUCCACACGCAGUGGGUCAAGCUCAGGCUCCGACUCCCCACAGAUGAAUGCGGAUGGUAUCAACGUUCAACGGUCACGAGAGAUCUGUCAGAAGAUGAUAGAGCGGAGCAGAAACAACAGUUCCAUGGUGUCUAUACUUCAAGGUAAGGGUGGCUCCCCUUCGCCCGCCACACACUGCACCAGUCCACAGCUUGUCACUGCAAAUUCCCCGAAUCUCACCAGCAAUGCAGUUGUGUCUGCUGUUGCGAGCAGCAAAGUGCAGCCGGCUGUCAACCAGUCGCAGAUGAGUGCAUCAAAACUUCUCUUCUCACAAGCGAGUCAGGCUGCUUCAGUCACUGCUGCGCCUCAGCCUGCUGUGGAUGUCCCUGUACAAAACGUCACGGUUCAAAACGUGGUAAAGAGUGGUGCAGAGACAGCCACGGUUUUCACGACGACGUCUGCAGCACUGGAGGACUGCGGUCAGGGCACUACCAUGGUGCCAAUUACCCUGGCUGGGACCGGGCAGCAGUUGAUAUUACAGGUGGCAAGUGGUAGCACUGUGAACAACGCGGUGACCAAUCCCAAUGUUACAUUUGUCACACCUGUGCCGGCUGCCGCUCAGCCCGCUAAGGUGGCCCUGGCUGGCCCAAACUGGACUCAAGUGCUGAUACCCCAGCAAAUUGUACUGUCGCACCCACCAGGUUCCCUGGGGGCUGCUAUUCCCACAAGGGCGUCAAGUGCUCCUCCCCCGACAGAUGCCCAGCCACGUGUGAUAGUACAACCAGCAGAAGUGUCGCGCUCAGCCAGUGUUGGUGGAGUGGGCUGUGCCAGUCUGGACAUUGACACACCCAUUACUGUGACAAACAGUGGCCAUAUACCCACUCCUCCAGAGCGUAGGGAAAACCACAGCAGAAAUCUCAGCCCAGAAGAGAUCAAUUUUUUAUCCAAAGCUGGCACUGCUACUGCGCCAGACCUCCCCAAGCCUCCAACCGUCGUAGGUAGGUCUGGUGUCAAGAUGGGUGAGGUGGUACUCCCUGAGUCCAAUGGUCACAUUCAGACCUUGGUUUCGGGCAGCAUCAGUCUUCACCCCUUGGCAGCUUCUGUCCAUCAAGCCAAUGCAGUCAGCAGUGUCAAGAAGGUUGAUCUCAAAGUCAGUAAGCAAAUGGAGGCUAAAGUGACCCAGUUAUUGAAGCAGCGAUCGGAGACGGUAUCUGUGAUAGCUACGGCUGCUCCCGUGCUCAGUUUAAUGUCCCAAAGUCGGGUGCCCUCUACUAUGCUGGUCACCUCAUCGGGCAAUGCAUUGACCACUGCCCCGGUCAGGACUUCUGUGCAGACCACCAGUGGAGGAUCUUCAUGUGCCUGCAGUCUGAAAGCUUUAGUCAUGUGCAAGAAGUGUGGGGCCUUCUGCCAUGACGACUGUAUAGGACCUUCUAAACUGUGCGUCACAUGUUUGAUAACCACGUGACACAAGCCUAACGCGGACUCUCCAGCAGGGAACACCAAGAAAUUAUCAGAAGCAAACUGGGUGGUGCUAUUUCACAGAAGAAAUCUCAUGCUUAGACUCUGUAGCUAGCUAUGCAAAUUUCUGUGAAUGAACAGUGUUAAAUGUUUAUCAACUGUGAAGAACUGUUGUCAGUUUUUGUCUUGGCAGAAGCUACUCAUAAAAUUAUAGUUGCCUCCCUUUGCAUGCAUUAGCGCUACAUUUUCCUUCUUUCUCACUUAUUUUGGAACAAUUUGAAUAUCAUGAAAAGCAGAGUGGAUUGAAAUCGUGUGAAGGUUUAGCUAAGCGUUAGAAUUGUGUUCCAUGAUACAUCUUCCUCUAUCAUUGAAUCUUUAUACAAUAACCUGUGUUUUCAUAUGUUCUUGAAGUGAUUUAAAGAUUGGUAACCUAUGGAAACAAAAGAUAAUUGAAGUUUUUGGACAAUUUCAUGUUAAAUGACAAAUUCAUGAAUGAGUUUUUUACUUAACUGGUACUUGUUUAGAUUAGUUUGCUGUAACCAAUGCUAUCAAUGAACAGGGUUGGUUGAUGCAGAAUUUGCAAAUCAUACAAACCUAACAUUUUGAACACCAAACUUUGUUAGGUUACCAAGAAAGAGAUGCAAGUAAUGUUGACAAUGUUAAACUGUGAGAAAAGCUGUUGUAAGAAAUACCAUUGAAUCAUUGUGAAAGAUGUACAUAGCCACAACAUGAAGUGAUUUUAACACACCAUAUUUGUCAUUUUAUUCUUAACAAAGAUGUUGUGAACAAAAGUUUUAUACUGAGGAGUAAGUCUUUGUAGUAUUCAUUUUUUUUUCCUUAUUUAGU